AUGAGCCGACAAAUUGAGUUGGCGCUGAUAUCUUUGAUGCCGUCAUAUGUCAAAGAUAUUCCACCGUUACUUGUGGAACUCGCAAGCUCUCUACUUGCGCAAUCACGGAACCAAGCAAGCACUCUCAAAGCAGAAGAGGAGAUUGCUCGUCUCUAUGCAUGCGCGAACAUUGCAUGCGAGCGCUUAAAGAUACAGCUUGAUCUACCGCCUAUUGAGCCUCGACCUCCUGUGCAACCUAGGAUAUAUAAACGACUCUAUUCUCACCUCGACAAUAUUUUGCCUUCUACUACCAGUGGCGCGCGGCGCAGUUCGGGCCGUGUUCGCACAAAAGUUUCCAAGUUUGGUGCGGAGGAAAGCACUGCCAAUUCGUCACCGCAACCUCUACUAUCCAGUGCAACAUCCUCAAAAGACCAGAGUUUAAACCAAUUUCGCAAAAAUCCAACGUCUGUGGGUAAAAAGGCAGCAGGCGUGACCAACGAUGAGAGCGAGAGGACAGGAUUGCCACCCUGGGUCGCACCCGUGAUACGAUUCUUCUCCGUUGAGACUGGAAGCAAGAAACUUGCGCCCACAAUGCUGGCAGGAACUGAAUCGAUAUUGUUUCCUGGAGGCCAAAAGAUGGAAGACGAAUGGGCGAACGGUCAGACCACAGAAGUGUUGGCUGCUGUUCUAUACCAUGUCACUAUAAGAUUUCAGGCCGUAACAAGCGGUGUCCUUGUUGACAGCGAUGGCUGCGCCCUGAUCCGAAAGGAGAUCCUGGGGAUCCUCGGCAAAGCACGCAAGGAAGUUGUCUUUGUCGGCGCCGAAGACGCCGGAGCGUGGGAUGGGUGGGCCACGGUCAAAGUAAAAGACUUUGAUGCCGUGGUGGAAACGGCGAGAGAGAAAGGAUGGUUGGAUAGCGAUUGGUACAGAGGCAUUGACGAUGUGGUCCGGAAUAUCGGCGACGGCGAUGUGAAUAUGGACGAUGGAGAUGAAGGCGCCCCAGAAGGUAGUGGCAGACGCGCCGACACAAUGUUCCAGGAUCGGUAUGAUUUUCUGAGUGAGAGUCGAAGGGCUGAUUAUAAAACGUGGAAGGAGACUCAACUGGCCAGGAUCGACAAGCUACUGAUGGAGCAGGGCGCCAUGGAGAUUGACGCGCAGUAG